CGUGUGCGUGUGUAUGUGUGUGUGUGCGUUCGUUGACACGCGAGCGCAUGGUCCUUAUGGCAUUGGCCACGAGCCAUCAGCAGCACCCCAUCAGCAACCAGGACGACUCGAAUGCGCAGUUAAAUACGACGGGCGACGAAGAAACAUCGAAAGUCCAAAACAGCCGUAGCGAAUGCCAGAAGUUCAGAACCAGUCAAGGGACCGUAGCCUUGAUGCUUGGGUCAAGCGAGCAUCUUCGUACCUCGUGCGAGGAUCAAGUCACAGUCACUAACGCUACGCCUGGCUGUGGUUCGGCCAAUGUUAGUGAGCCUUGCGGCGUGGAUAGCAUUUUCAAUGGCGAACCAGCGAACAGACCUGUCGCCGAUCCGGUGGAAACCGGCGAGGGUAAGGUGGAAGGUAAGGCAACCAGCAGACCGAGCUCGUCCUGCAGCAGCGGCAGCAGCUCGUCCUCCUCCGACAUUCAACAGCACUUACAGUCGAUGUUCUGCUUGUUACGGCCCGAAGAAACCCUCAAGAUGGCUGUAAAGCUGGAAUCGUUACGAACGGGACGGACCAGGUAUUUGGUCGUGGUAUCACGCACAGUUACAAGCAAACGCCAUAACACCGGCACGCUCUACCUUACCGGAAGUGGUAGCAGCACCACCACCACUUCCAACGGGAACAUCUCAUCGUGGCCAUUGUCGGUGACGCCGCCGGAAACCUUCAUCAACCUACCGCCGUCCCAGCAGCAGUACCACGGUGGCCGCUCGUCCUGCACGACACUGUCCGGCACAGUGACGGCAACGGCACACAUGCGCCACAGUAGCUGCACCAGCGAAACAUUUGCCGGCAUCGAUACGUUUGUGUCCAGCGUGGACAGCUGUGUCCUGAACGUUGGUCCCAUCGGCGGCGGUCGUUUGCCCGAUGGUGCUGACGUUGCGUGUAGGAGUGUUCAAUGUGAUAGUAAAACUAAUAGUAGGUUAAUUGAAAGCGCUGCAACCGCCACCGCCGCUGCUGCUGUGCUGGGCACAACGAUCAACGGUGCGGACGGUGUCGGCGAACCUUGCGCUGCACCGUCCGGCGCGGAAGAUUUGACGCUCAGCGAUAAGCGAGACACGGAAUCGAGCGAAUCCGGGCUGCACAGCCAACAGUACCAGAGCCAGCAUUCGAUUAGCAACAGUGCCAUUAGCAUCGUGGAGGGAGGGAAAAAGAUUGAAGAGUCCUGCCUCCUUGGCAUUGAUUGUAACGAACGUACGACCGUUGGGUUGGUGCUGAAAGUGCUUGCCGACACGUCCAUACGGUUAGACGGCGAUGGAGGGUUUAGCGUCAGUUCCUGCGGCAAGCAGCACAUCUUUAAGCCGGUCUCGGUGCAGGCAAUGUGGUCCGCGUUGCAAACACUGCACAAAGCAUCGUUUAAGGCGCGCGAGCAUAACUUCUUUGCCGGCGGCCCAUCGCACGAUUGGGUGUCGUACUAUGAGGCGCACAUUGAUUCGGAUCGGUCCUGUCUCAACGAGUGGAACGCGAUGGAUUCACUGGAAAGCAGACGCCCACCGUCACCGGGUUCCAUUCGUAGCAAACCAACCGAACGCGAGGAAACGGAAAGCGUAAUACGUUCCAAGCUGAAGGAGGUGAUGAUGUCGGUGGAUCUGGACGAUGUGACGUCGAAGUUUAUACGCGGCCGGCUCGAGGAGCUGCUCGACAUGGAUUUGGGCGAGUACAAACCGUUCAUCGAUGCCGAAAUGCUCGUCAUCCUUGGCCAAAUGGAUGCGCCGACGGAGAUUUUCGAUCACGUGUACCUUGGAUCCGAGUGGAACGCAAGCAAUCUGGAAGAGUUGCAGCGGAACGGUGUCCAUCACAUACUGAACGUGACGCGCGAGAUUGACAAUUUCUUUCCGGGGCUCUUUCACUACUGUAACGUCCGUGUGUACGACGACGAGAAGACCGAUUUACUGCGCCACUGGGACAACACGUUCAAAUUCAUCUCGCGCGCCAAGAUGGAGGGCUCGAAGGUGUUGGUGCACUGUAAGAUGGGCAUCAGUCGAUCGGCUUCGGUGGUGAUUGCGUACGCGAUGAAGGCGAACGGUUGGAACUUUGAGCAUGCGCUGCGCCACGUAAAGGAGAAGCGUAGCUGCAUCAAGCCGAACAAGAACUUUCUGAUGCAGCUGGAAACGUACCAGGGCAUGCUGGACGCGAUGAAGAACAAGGAAAAGCUCCAGCGCAGCAAGAGCGAAACGAACCUCAAGCUGGCCGGUGCAAAGGAGGGCCGCUCGUUGCCGGGCAGCGAACCGACGCCACUCAUCCAGGCACUGAACGGUGCUGGUGGCCAACAAGCCGGUGGUGGUGGUAAAAAGCAAACGGUGGCGACUGCUGUGGGCAAACCUGGCCACAACAACCACGCAGACAUUGACGGUGGUGACGUUUCUUCGAGUGCUGGUAGCAUUCUCGAGAAGGAUGGUUUCGCACCAAAAGUGGAUGGAUCGGACGAGGCAGAGGUGGAUGUGGGAGGUGCUAGUAGCAGGGGACGAACACGCACACGUCAAACCAAGCUACAGUCUGCCCAUCUGCAUAAUCUAAAGCAGCUUGAGCUUGCGGGAAGCAACAGCAGCAGUGCCCAGUCGCACACGGGCCAGCAAAUUACGCUGCCAGCAACAAGUUCAGCCAGUUCCACGUCGAAGCACAGCAAAAUAAUGACCAAUCUCUUUCUACCGGCGACGGCCGCCAACAAUCCGUUCAUCCCCUGCGAAGGACGAACCUGUGCGCGUGGCACAGGGGCUUUGAAGCGUCACAAAAGUCUCUCGCCCGAUUCGUUCAAUACUCGCUGGUCGGACAACUACGAGCUUGAGUCAUCAUCGCUCGCGUACACGGAUAACUAUAUUCCGACCGUACCGAGAACGUCACGCACCCGCACCAUGCUUGAGCUGGACAAUCAAAUCGAAUGGUACGCCGGUUCGGGCGCCACUACCGGACGGCGGAAACAGCAGAGCUACUCUUUGGAACAUUUGCACGGCGGUGCGCUCGAUAUGCGGUCGCCCUGUACCGAAACGAAAACGAUUCGCAUGCCGUGCGGCAACGGGCAGAACUACAGCGUUUCGCCGAACCAGAUAGUGCACCUGCAGGACAAGCUGCCAGCGAACGAUAUGCGUAAAAAGGUUUCCUCCAUCCUAGCGGCAACCGGCGCCACGGCUACAACGGCCAAACCAACGCGAUCGGAUAGCUUCAUCCGGAAACUGUUUCCCAACGCCAGCAGCAACGGCGGACCAGGGACCAGUGAGCAGGAUUCAGGAGGCCUCCCGUCUCAGCCACUUACUACACCAGUGCCAUCCACCGUACCGUUGUCGUCUUCAAUACUGCUAGGGUCCACGGUGAAAGCGAUUGUCAGCGAGCUGGAGUGUAAUAGCGGGAGCAACAUACCGGUCGCCCCGCCACCACUGCUAGCGGAUCCCGGUACCAUACUGUCCCAGAGCGUUGCUCCCAUACCGAUUGCUUCCGUAGCGGCAGAAGCAGCGGCAGUUGCGGUUGCCUCCGCCAUUCGCGAAGCGACACGUAAGGAUGUUCACGAAGCGAAGGAAGCGAGCGCUGCUUCCGCCACACCGGCUGCGUCCACUGUGUCGCUGGACGCCAAAGACGACAAUCGUACGAACAAUCCGGAACAGUGGGAUCCAGGCGAUGGUCGCAGCGAACCGAUCUGUUGGACGUCUUCCUCGCAAAUCAUUCAACAGUGUGCAGCUCCUGCCGGGUUCCACGAGCUGCUACCCGCCAACGAUACAGCAGCAGCAAGUGGUGGUGGUGGGGAGUGUUGCGAACCGGCCACUGAACAGGAGACCGGCAGCUGCUGUAAGUUACCGGACACGAGCGUAAUGCGUCAAUGUUCUUGGAGCAGUUGUGAUUCGGGUUGUACCGGCAGCGAGGAAUCUCGAACGGGAGGUGCACCGGCCAGUCAACAGCGGCGCUUAACCACAUCCGGUUUGUCAGGUGUGGUGAACAGUAGCAGCACCAGUAGCAGUAGCGGUGGAACGCUUAUCGAAGAGAGGGAAGAAAUUCCCUGGCAUCCAGGGACGGUGAAACGCACGAAGAAGCGCAUAGAACAGCGCAGUACGAACGCCGCCACCGGCGUACCGAUGAAAUGGAACGCUACCUCCACGACGUUGCCGAUGCCGUCGUUGGCGACGGAAGCAAGUGCCCACGGGGACAGUUUUGCCGAUUCGUGCACCGCUCAACAACGCGCGCAAAAAGAACAGCAGGAAGAAGACUAUCCCGCCGUGCGUGAGCGGCCUGGUAUGGUUUCGUCGAGCUACGCACGCCUAUCGGCCUCCGCACCGGAUUCGUACAACCUCUACGCGGAUGCGGGCAAUCGGGUCGAAUCCGUCGGUAGUACGACGAACCCGCUGCCUGCAAAGCGUCAAGUGAAGCUGAACCAUCAACACUCGUUCGGCGGUGCUGUCGAUGACUCUCUAGCGCGAAAUCCAACCGAAUCCUCCUCCACCUCGUACUGUUUACGGGUGAGCUUUCGUGCCGGGACCGGCAGUGUUGGCGAUCGACAGCAGCAGCAGCAGCAGCAGCCGCAAGAAUCAGGAGAAGCAACCGAGGAAGAUACAUUCAAUGCAGGUAAGGUGCGAAACUUAAAGAUGAGUUUUGAAGCGAAAUCGAACGACCGGCGGCAAGGGCCAAAAAAGGUACGAUCGCUUCCAUCGUCACCGGUGGCCGUGCACGUGUCGAUGGGUGGCCAAACGAAGAGACCCCCCAAUUCAUCCUCAUCCACCGUUAGCGCAACGUCACCUUCUUCCACGCUAGGUGGGAGUUCGGUGACGGCACCAUCAGCAGGGAAAGCGGUUCUCCAGAGCAACACUCCACCGGAAGAUGUGACGGUACGGGAUCUUGUUGAUCGCUACGAGGUGCAGGGCCCACGGGUGCGACCAGGCGGCAGUAACUCACUGUCCCGGACCCAGCGACCGCGGUCGGUCUUUGAACCGCUCAAGCAAGGUGGCAGUGGUGGUAAACCGUUCGCGCCGACCACCACCAACAACCUACUGUCGCACUCCACAACGCAAUGGCGGCUCGACGAUUCCAUGCGACCACCCGUUCCUCCGCUGGUGCGUGGUUUGGUGUUAGCGCAACAUGGUGGAAGCACCACGCCGUACAACAACAACAACAGUAGUAGCAACACAACCUCCGGGUCGGGCAGUAGCGCCAAUAACAGCACCAGUAACGCUAGAAACAAUAACACCACCACAAGACUAAUGCUACCCCAGUCCGGCGGAGCGGUGGAUGGUGGCGCCUUGGCGCAGGUCGGCGGGAAACGAACGCAGCAGCACGGUAGGACACACCCGCUAGCGAAAAUUAGUCCCAGUGCGAGACAUCACCAUCAUCACCUGCACGUGCAUCACCAUCAUCAGUACAAUAUAGGGCAGCUGCAGCAGCAUCGUCACAUCGGUACCGCACCGGGACCGGGCGUAUCUGGGACGACUGGCCCCUCUGCCACUGUUACCGCCAAUGCGUACAACACGAUGUGA